UUCUUCUGUAUAGGGGAUCUCUGCUGCUAUUGAAACCUCAUUUUGUUACAGUGGAUGUUUUUUGAAGCCGUCCAAACCAUGAGAUUCAUAUUUGUUACUGCAGCCUUUCUUUUGCAGACAGCUUUCUCCCUUCCAGCUCCAUGGCAGGUGCUCACUUCAGAUUGUGUUAAGUUCCCUAGCCCAACCAAUGGACUUGCAUAUUGCCGUACUGACUAUUGUGUUGUUCGUUGCAAUGAUGGUUUUCAGUUUGAAAAGCUGCCUGCAGAUGGAUAUUUCUGUCACCCCCAUGGUGUCUGGUCUUCUGUUCCCCCUGGAAAAAGUGUCCCUUGGCCCAACUGUACUCAGAAAGAUGAUGGCAAACAAAUGUCUGACGUAUACACUGCUCACGCUGUUGGACCUGGGACUGGUAAAGUAAAACUCAAACAGUCAAGGAAACCCAAACUGCCAGAUACUGUACCUCCUUCUAUUAAAAACUGCCCUCAGGAUAUCAGCAAAAUAAGUGACACAGAUCCUGUCCAGGCCACCUGGGAUGAGCCAGAUAUCAGUGACAACAGUGGCGUGUUUAUUUCCAUUGCUUCUAUAUCUAGCGGCUCUCUUUUCCGCUAUGGGACUCAUAAUGUCCAGUAUACAGCAAAUGAUGAGGCAGGAAAUGAAGCAUCCUGUCAAUUUAAAGUUAUCAUUCAAAAACCAGAUCCUUUGUGUACAGUUGCACCACCAUCAGAUGGGGCCUUGGCAUGUGGUACAUUGCAUUACCCAGAUACUGGAAACAAAGAGAAGACUUGGCAAUUUUGUAUACCACUUUGCAUAAAGGGCACUGAUUUCCAUAGAAGACCAGGGCUGAUAUCGUUCUGCAGGUCCUCACAAUCCACAAGCAGUUGGUUUCAUCUUGAUCAGUCCUGGCAAACAGUAAAUUCUCAAAUGCCACAAAGCUGCAUUGUCAGACGGCGUGCAGGAUCCAGACGAGGGGACGACCUUCAGUUCUACGAAGGGGACUGCAAUGAGAUGCCUGUGCACAGCCAAAUCUUGUUCCGCAUGGGGCAGAUGUUGGCAAAAGAUCCAUUUGUUCUUUCCCAGUGUGCACUAAAGCCAGAGACGUGUGAGAAGUAUUGGGUAUCAGAUUCCACUGUCCACUGUGGGCCAGGAGACAACCAAAAAGACACAGAGCCUCCAGUAGUCAUAUCCUGCCCUCAGAACAUAGAACUUGAAACCCAGAGAGGAAACCCAUACUGGAACAACCUACCUGAGGUGUCCUGGAAAGAGCCUGUCUUUGAAGACAAUUCCAGGGAACCACUUAAGAUCACAAAGGAGGGAUCUUCUGUGAACAGUGGAGAUAAACUGGCAUAUGGUCAGUACUCGGUGGUGUACACUGCCACAGAUUCUUCAGGAAACACAGCAAAAUGCUCCUUCCAAAUCACAGUAAAACCAAUGGCUUGUACAAUGGAACUGCCAGAGUAUGGAGCAAUUGUGUGUGGCUACCCGACAGUAGAAGGAAUGGAUCUUCUAACUAUUGACUGUAUUGUAUUGUGCAGAAGUAAACAUCAGUUUAACAGGAACCCUUACCCAAUCUAUGCAUGUUCAGAGGAGGGGUUGUGGUGGACGUUAACUAGUACCUUUGAUCCAAUUGGUCCGCACUUACCAAGCUUGAACUACACUUGCAGAGAGUCAGAUGUACAUACAAAACCGAAACCUGCUGAUGAGAAUUUUUACUUUGACGGGGAUUGUCAUGACAGAGAAGUCCAAGAAGUUCUCAUGGGCCAUCUAGAGUAUUUUCAAAGAAGGACCUCUGCAUAUCAAUACUGUCAACUCAACCGAGACAGUUGUAGAAAAUGGAAAGGCUACCGCAAUGUGACAGUGUUUUGUGGAGGCCAUUAAAACUGCUGUAAAUCACUGCACUGUACGUUAGUUCACAGAAUAUCAAAAAUCCUUUGUUUCCUACAAAAAAAGUGUGUGCUUACUGCUCAAGAAUAUAUAUAUAAUGAAUCUUUCCAGUCUGCAGCAAAACUGAAUUUUAAUAGAGAAACAUUACUUUAAGUUUUUUUUUUGUUUUUUGGGGGGGAUGUAACUGAGCAUGGCCUUCCCUGACUGAUUAAAGCACAGAUCUAGAAAAUAAGACAAUGUAUUGUGUCAUUUCUCAAUUCAAAUGUUAAUAAUGUAGAUGUCUUAUAAAGGUCUAUUACUUUGAGUGUAACAAUACUAUUUUUUGGCACACUCAAUAAAGAGUUGGAACGUGAUGCGUUGUUGCUUGUUAGGGCUCUUACAGUUAUGCAAUGUAUUAUUACGAUAGAGGCACAGUAAACGUUGUACUGUAUGUUAGAACACAAGCCUGAGAUCUUGUUGAUUAAAGUUGAAGUUUUGUCAAUGCAUGAUAAAGCAUUUUAUAAACUAAUGAAAUAUAUUAUAUGGUUAUGUUUUUAGAGGUACAUGAUGCAAUCUCUUUGGAUGCUUUUCUUGAUCAUUUUAUUUUUCUAUUUAAUUGGCCAUCUAUUUUCUUUGCUCAGACACUUUUUGGUUUGCUCAUUCUUGCUGGUUUUCUGAUUCUUUUAUCAUUGCAUAACCAUCAACAGCAGAGGCAUGGUAAAUCUCUGUUUCUAUACAUUAACUGGCU